AUGGGCGCUCUCUGUAGUUUCCCCAUUCCGCAUAGUAAUUGCAGACACAAGCUAAGAGAAAGUAAGACAUCAGCAGGGACAAGGUUAAUGGUAAGAGCAUCCGCAACAGAUAGGUUAUCUGCAUUAUCAGAUGAUGUUCUUUUAAAUCAUAUUUUGUCAAAGAUUUCUUACAGAGAUGUUGUACGGUCUUCCCUACUCUCGCAAAGAUGGCGAUUCUUGUGGAGGAAAAUACCCAUCCUCAAAUUUUGUAGCGAAGAUUUUGAGAAACAAAAGGAUGACAAAAUACAGGCCAUAAUUAACAAUGCUCUGCUCCACCUGGAUGCUCGUCUUCACAAUUUGUGUCUUCAAGUUGCCUUGGAUGAUCCAAAGGCUGUCGAUCUGAACAAUUGGAUUCGUCUUGCAGCUGAAAAACAGGUGGAACGCAUGGAACUACAAAUCACUCGUAGAUAUCGAAAGACGAGGUUUAAAGCUUCUUCCAUCGCGGAGCUUGGGGACUCUAUUUUUAGGUGUGACAACCUCACCACCAUAAUAGUGAAUAACAUCGAUUUUCCCAAGGUACCCACUAAUUUUGGGAUUUUGCGAUCAUUGAAAACAAUUUAUUGUGUGGAUAUUUGGAAUGUGGAUGAUGCUAUGUUUGAAGGAUUCAUGGACUUGUGCCCACAUCUUCAAAAUUUGAUGAUUUCCGGUUGUUUCGGGUUGAAAAACUUGAAUUUACGUUCUUCCAAUCUCACGUACCUAAAUCUAGGAAUUCUAAGACCUGAUAUAUCUCUGGAGAUAGCUUGCCCGCGCUUGAUGGAAAUCAGCCUUAUGGAUUAUGGGCCAUUCACAGGGCUUAAAUUACUACAAGGAAUUUCAAGAGCGGAAUCUGUUAAAAAAAUUGUUCUUCAAAAUUACAAUACAGGCAAUGCCGUUAAUCGAGGAAUUCCCAGUGUUACUGUUCUUAACAGUUUUCCUAUGCUUGAAGAGUUGACAAUACAUGGCCAGUGUUUCCAGGAGAUGAUAUCAGGUGAGAUUUCAGUAGCAGAGGUGACAUUGCCAAAUUUGAAGAUGGUGCAUGCUCAUAUUGGGGCAGAUAAGGGUGGACAGGCGGUGAUUUUUCUUGGUUUUCUUCUUAAAAAUGGUCCAUUAUGUGUAACAAGGGUUUUUCUUCCUAAACGCUGCCCUAGAAUCAUGAGAAACAAAUUGAUCGAUUUGGAAAAGGAUAUCUCAAAAUCAAGGUUGUUCACUGCCACAGGAAGAUGGCCAAUGAAUCCAACAGACACUUGUGACUUGUGUGAUCAUUACAGAGUUUAG